CCUGCAUGAGAGGAAAGAUAUGGCUGCAAGAAGUGCUGGACGAUUCGCGAGGGCGGCGUUCGCCAAUGCCGCCUCCGCUGCGCGCUCCGCCCGGCCUCAGGCGCCGCCGCUCUUUCGCGCGCGCGCGCCUCAGCGCAAUCCCUUGGGCGGCGUUCGUUCUUCGGGACUCUUGCGACGGGAGAUUGUGAGCAUGCUACCGAUGCACACCGCGACCGCCAAGGCGUGGCUCGUGUCGCGGAUCUCCGAGGUCCCCGGUGAUGCAGAGUCUCUUUGCGUUUCUUCCCUGGAUGGCUUACUAAAUGUUUCGCUAGGUGCUUAUCUAAAAUGGCUAUGGUUACGUCUUAAGAGCCGGAGAUUCGUUUCCCGCGAGACACACCAAGAACACACUCAAGUUUUUGAAGUUUCUAUUGAUCCGCCGCGAGAUCUCUCUCCGUCCAAAUUGUUCUUCCAAAAGGUAGAGCUCCCAGAUCUCUCCCGGUUUGAAGUUCUUCGUUGACGCACUGUGGAGGCAAAGAGACAAGAAAAGCUUGUUUUUUAGAGACCGACUUUCUAUUGUUUUUUUUUCUCGCAUUGCUUCUUUCCAGCAAAGGCCAUCGAAUAAAUUUUAUUCUCUACUCAUUCCA